UUUCACGAGAAUCAGGUGACGUCACCAUCCGUUGCCAACAACUUGCUCUGCCCCCUCUCUGAGUGCGUGUGACGGCGGUGUGGCUGCAGGCUGAGCUGCUUCUUCUCCUAACCGGUCAAGAAAACUGGUAACAUGCUGUCCUUCGCAGUCAGACAACUGACCAGGCCACUGUGCCACCGUGCCCCAGCUCGCAUCUGCGCACGUGGACAACAGUCUCAUGCCGCCAGCCGUGUGGUGGACGAAGAGCGGCCAUGGACUGGUCAGGAAAGUCUGGCUCAGGACGACCCGGAGAUGUGGGACCUGCUGUUGAAGGAGAAAGAUCGGCAGUGUCGUGGCUUGGAGCUAAUUGCAUCAGAGAAUUUUUGCAGCCGAGCUGCUCUGGAGGCUCAGGGCUCCUGUCUGAACAACAAAUACUCUGAAGGCUACCCCGGAAGAAGAUAUUACGGAGGCGCAGAAGUGGUGGAUCAAAUCGAGCUCCUGUGCCAAAAGCGAGCCCUGGAAGCAUUCGAUUUGGAUCCUGCCAAGUGGGGCGUCAAUGUCCAGCCUUACUCGGGAUCUCCCGCCAACUUUGCCGUCUACACCGCCGUCCUCAACCCCCAUGACCGCAUCAUGGGUCUGGACCUUCCGGAUGGAGGACAUCUGACCCAUGGCUACAUGUCAGAUGUGAAGAGGAUCUCAGCUACUUCCAUCUAUUUUGAGUCCAUGCCCUACAAACUCAAUCCUGCGACAGGACUCAUCGACUACGACCAGAUGGAGCUGACGGCCAAGCUGUUCAGGCCCCGUCUCAUCAUCGCCGGGACCAGCGCCUAUGCCCGGCUCAUUGACUACGCUCGCAUCAAGAAGCUGUGCACGGACAUCAAAGCUUACAUGCUAGCCGACAUGGCUCACAUCAGCGGCCUGGUGGCAGCAAAAGCUAUCCCGUCUCCAUUCGAACACGCCGACUUGGUCACGUCCACCACGCACAAGUCGCUAAGGGGGGCCAGAGCGGGUCUCAUCUUCUACCGCAAGGGCGUCCGCUCGGUGGAUAAGAAGGGCAAGGAGAUCAUGUACGAUCUGGAGGACAAGGUCAACUUCUCGGUAUUCCCCUCACUGCAGGGCGGUCCUCACAAUCACGCCAUAGCUGGUGUCGCCGUGGCCCUCCGGCAGGCUCAAUCUCCUAUGUUUAAGGAGUAUAUUGCCCAGGUUAUCAAGAACUCAAAGGCCAUGGCUAGUGCACUGCUCAGCAAGGGCUACACUCUGGUAUCAGGGGGGACUGAAAACCACCUGGUUCUGGUGGAUCUGCGGCCCAAGGGCAUCGACGGCGCCCGGGCCGAGAGGGUGCUGGAGCUGGUCUCCAUCACGGCCAACAAAAACACCUGCCCCGGUGACAAGAGUGCCCUGACCCCCGGUGGCCUUAGGCUCGGCGCUCCAGCUCUAACCUCCCGGCAGUUCAAAGAAGCAGACUUUGUGCAGGUCGUGGAGCUCAUGGACGAGGGCUUCAAGAUCGCCUUGGACGUGAAGAAAAAGACAGGAAAGUUGCAAGACUUUAAAAACUUCCUCCUGGAGGACCCUGAGACGGUGGCACGUAUCGCCGAGUUGCGCCAUCGCGUGGAAGCGUUCGCUAGGCCUUUUCCCAUGCCGGGAUUCCAUGACCAUUGAAGAGAUUGCCAGUCUUGUUUUUAAAAAAAAAAAAAGCCUCGUAUUGAGGUGUAACAAUAAAAUUUGAGAUUUUAUAGAACAGACAAACCUAUUUUCUAUUGUAAAAUAUUGUUCUCUUUUCCUUUACAGUUGCCAUUUUUCGUUGAGAUAAACACUAUAGUCUUAAUAUUGUAAAGCAACUUAACCUGUGUCACCCCCUUAGACCAGCGUUUCCCAACCUUUGUUGAGUCGGGAAAUAUAUUUUUACAUUUGAAAAACCUCACUGCACACAACUAAGCAAAUACGUCACUUAAAAAAGUGGAUUUACCUGUUUAAUUAUUAAUCUUCUACCAUUUAGUGGAUGAGAAUUUACUUAUGCCUGUCACUACACAUCAGUGGCAGAGAUAGUAUAACAAUCAUUUGGACACAAUAAAUAAUUCACAAACAGUUACCUAAAUCUAAUGGUCUCUAUCUGAAUUGACUGAACUUGUCAAGGAACAAAUGAUCCAACAACGGGAAGACGUGCAGUCGCUGCGAUUUUGCUUCAUCUCUGAAAGAGGCAAAGCUUAGUAAAUGUUGUGUAAGUAUGACAAUAUUGUCAGUACAGUAACAGUACAGGCUAAUGGCAAACCCAAUGUUUAACAUUCAAGCAGACUUGAAUCGUCAUGGUUUUGAGGUUCUGAAUAAUUGUGUAUGAAUGUGAUUUUAAAUGGUCCCUUGUCUAUUGGCCUUUGAUUGACUAGCGACCAGUCCAUGGUGUACCCCACUUCUCUCACCCAAAGUCAGAAAGUGGUAGGCUCCGGCUCACCCACAACCCUAAUGAGAACAAGCACUAUAAAACAAACUGGGGGGAAAAAAGCACAGGAUAACAGACAAUGGCAACUAAGUUUUAAUUUUGUUUUUCUAUUACUAUUUUUCUGACAGCGAAUACAUUUCAAAGAAAUAAUUAAAUCUCGCUUUUCUCAAGAUUUAUGGGUUUCGCAGACCACCGUAAUCACUGCAUCAGUGAUCAAUUCAGGUGUGUUUUCAUUUGCACAGCGUCUCUUCAAAGAGUUUACUUUGCCAAAAUACAACAGUUUUAUCUAUGUUGUUUCAACUAGACUUGCUGACAGAUUUUCAGUUUAUUUUGAUGGAGUCUAAAUAAAAUG